AUGGGGCCAUUGGCCAAGCGCGCCGAUUCUGGACCUGUGCCGCUGCGGGAGGCGGAGGUGGGGGGCGUGCGGGUGGCCAUCUUCCGCGAGGGCACGGGAAGACGACCCCAGGAGUCCUGCAGUUGUCAUUUGGUCGGGCGCUUGGCGAGCAACGGCUGCGUCUUCGAGAGCACCGCGGGCAAGGGCCAGGGGCCUAUGCGCAUGGAGCUGAAGAAGAACGCCAUCAUCCCUGGCAUGGAGCUAGCGCUCCAGGAGUUGUCUUUGGGCUCUGUGGCGGAGAUCCGGAUACCGCCAGAGCUGGCCUACGGCAAAAACGGCAUCCCACGCAUCGUGCCGCCCAGUAGCGAGCUACUCUUCGAGAUCCAGCUGGUCCAGGUGGACGACGAGGACUGCGAGCCCUCCCAAGCUGAGGGCCCUCGAGUCGAAAAGCGAAGCGAUGGAGAGAUCUGCCAUGGCUGGUGGCUGGCGCGUGUGCACCUGCUGCCGCCACCCAGCUACUACCUCAACUUCUGCAAGUAUCUGGCAGGAAGUGAACGUUACAUCCCCCACGGUCACUGGGACCCAAGGUGGAAAAGCAAGGGCUUGUGA